CGACGUGUGGUAGCCAACCUGAGCCAGCCAAUGGGAAAAGGUCCAGGAGGCGGACCAGGCCGGUGCCAGGGUUGGGUGCGCCGCUGAACGGAUGGCAGAGGGAGCAAAGCGGAUUCCUGAGGAACGCUGGCCAGCUAUUUGAGUGUCAUCUGCUGCUACCCACUGAUGUCAAGAUGACUAAGCUGGGAUUUUUGCGGUUGUCCUAUGAGAAGCAGGACACACUUCUGAAGCUUCUCAUUCUGUCAAUGGCAGCUGUGUUAUCGUUCUCCACUCGUCUAUUUGCUGUCCUGAGAUUUGAAAGUGUCAUCCAUGAGUUUGAUCCAUACUUUAAUUAUCGGACUACCCGGUUCCUGGCUGAAGAGGGAUUUUAUAAAUUCCAUAACUGGUUUGAUGACCGGGCCUGGUACCCUUUGGGACGAAUCAUUGGAGGAACAAUUUAUCCAGGCUUAAUGAUCACUUCUGCUGCAAUCUACCAUGUACUCCAUUUUUUCCACAUCACCAUCGACAUUCGGAAUGUCUGUGUGUUCCUGGCCCCUCUCUUCUCUUCCUUCACCACUAUCGUCACGUACCACCUUACCAAAGAGCUCAAGGACGCAGGGGCUGGGCUUCUUGCUGCUGCCAUGAUUGCUGUAGUUCCUGGGUAUAUCUCCCGAUCUGUGGCUGGCUCCUACGAUAAUGAAGGGAUUGCCAUCUUUUGCAUGCUACUCACCUACUACAUGUGGAUCAAAGCAGUAAAGACUGGUUCCAUCUAUUGGGCGGCCAAGUGUGCCCUUGCUUAUUUCUACAUGGUCUCUUCAUGGGGAGGUUAUGUGUUCUUGAUCAACUUGAUCCCUCUUCAUGUACUGGUGCUGAUGCUCACAGGACGUUUCUCCCAUCGGAUCUACGUGGCCUACUGUACUGUUUACUGCCUGGGCACCAUUCUUUCCAUGCAGAUCUCCUUUGUGGGUUUUCAGCCCGUCCUUUCAUCAGAGCACAUGGCGGCCUUUGGGGUCUUUGGUCUCUGCCAGAUCCAUGCCUUCGUGGAUUAUCUGCGCAGCAAGUUGAAUCCACAGCAGUUUGAAGUUCUUUUCCGAAGUGUCAUCUCCCUGGUAGGCUUUGUCCUUCUCACCGUGGGAGCUCUCCUCAUGCUGACAGGAAAAAUAUCUCCUUGGACGGGGCGUUUCUACUCACUGCUGGAUCCUUCUUAUGCUAAGAACAACAUCCCCAUCAUUGCUUCUGUGUCUGAACACCAGCCCACGACCUGGUCCUCGUACUAUUUUGAUCUUCAGCUUCUGGUCUUCAUGUUUCCAGUUGGUCUCUAUUACUGCUUUAGCAACCUGUCUGAUGCCCGGAUUUUCAUCAUCAUGUAUGGUGUGACCAGCAUGUACUUUUCGGCUGUCAUGGUGCGUCUUAUGCUAGUAUUGGCACCUGUUAUGUGCAUUCUUUCUGGCAUUGGAGUCUCCCAAGUGCUGUCCACUUACAUGAAGAAUUUGGACAUAAGUCGUCCAGACAAGAAGAGCAAGAAGCAACAGGAUUCCACUUACCCUAUUAAGAAUGAAGUGGCAAGUGGGAUGAUACUGGUCAUGGCUUUCUUUCUUAUUACCUACACCUUUCAUUCAACCUGGGUGACCAGUGAGGCCUACUCUUCUCCCUCCAUUGUGCUGUCUGCCCGUGGUGGGGAUGGCAGUAGGAUCAUCUUUGAUGACUUUCGAGAAGCUUACUAUUGGCUUCGUCACAAUACUCCAGAGGAUGCGAAGGUCAUGUCAUGGUGGGAUUAUGGCUACCAAAUUACGGCUAUGGCAAAUCGGACAAUUUUAGUAGACAAUAACACAUGGAAUAAUACCCAUAUCUCUCGAGUAGGACAGGCAAUGGCAUCCACAGAAGAAAAAGCCUAUGAGAUCAUGAGGGAGCUUGAUGUUAGCUAUGUGCUAGUCAUUUUUGGAGGCCUUACUGGGUAUUCCUCUGAUGACAUCAACAAGUUUCUGUGGAUGGUCCGGAUUGGAGGGAGCACAGACACAGGCAAACAUAUUAAGGAACAUGAUUAUUAUACUCCAACUGGGGAAUUCCGUGUGGACCGUGAGGGUUCUCCAGUGCUGCUCAACUGCCUUAUGUACAAGAUGUGUUAUUACCGCUUUGGACAAGUCUAUACAGAAGCCAAGCGUCCACCAGGCUUUGACCGUGUCCGGAAUGCUGAGAUUGGGAAUAAAGACUUUGAACUUGAUGUCCUGGAGGAAGCAUAUACCACAGAACACUGGCUAGUCAGGAUAUAUAAGGUAAAGGACCUGGAUAAUCGAGGCUUGUCACGGACAUAACUGUUACAUCCACCUCUGUCUGAUACGCUUCGCACUGAGCGUCAAAUUUAGGACGCUGAAGAUGUUUUUUUAAAUAUGCAGUUUAUAACAACAGAGCACGAUGGGAUUAGUAUUGUCUGAAAGUUUUGCCCUGGGCAGUAUGGGCUGGGCCAAAUGGAGUGAUUUUUAUAAUUCUGAGCAGGUUACCAAAUGAAAUGUCAUGGCUUUACUUUGGUCAAUUAAAGGGGGGACCUUUUUUUUUAAAA